AUUGAGGAUGUUUCACACCAUUUAUCGCGCGUGCCCUGAAUUCGCAACAAAUAUGGGGCGACGUCGAGAUGACGAUCAUUCGCGUAACAGAAAACGUCGGUCGCGAUCUCGCUCCCGCUCUCGUUCUCCUGUUCUUCCUAGGAGGGCAUUUUCAUCUACUUUAGAAGGGUCCCUACCUUUAGCUGCUUCGUUGCCAACAUCUUCAUUAAUGGGUUCGUUACUAGCUGCUCAGGCAAAAGCAGCUGAAGAAGCGGCUGCCAAAGCCAAGGCAGAAACGUCUAAACCUGCAGUUGGUACUAUGACUGCUAUUGCGAAUGCAGCAGCUGAUAUGAUCAAAGCUGCUCGUAAUUCUGGUCAAGGUAUCGCAGGUAUGGAGGGUGCUCUUGUCAUUACUCCGAAUAUGGACAAAGAUAUUGAACAGCGUCGUCUUGAUCUUGAAAUGCAAAAGGUAGGAUUCAACUAACUAAUUCUGUUUUUUUUUUACUUACCACGAUAUCCCUUAAUUUACGACUUUAUGUUAUAGAGACGAGAACGAGUAGAAAGGUGGCGACGAGAGAGAAGGCUCAAACAAGAUAUUCUUGCAGCACAACAAAGACUUGCAGAGAGCACCAGAGGAACUACUAUUAAUAAGUGGAAUCUAGAGGAUGAUGAAGACGAAGAAGAUGCAAAUAAAAAGAAUGUUCAGAUGGAAAAAUCUACAGAAGAUGAUGACGUAGAUCCAUUGGAUGCUUAUAUGCAGGAGUUGAAUAACCAAGUUUCCGCUGGUCCUGAAACUACUAAAAAAGAUACUAAAAUUACUAAACAAUCUGAAAUUUCACUAAAGACUUCUAAAGAUACCGAUCACGCUUCUUCAGAUCCUUCAGUCAAACCUAAACAACAGUUAGUAAUUAAACGGAAAAGAAUUAUUGGGCGAGGUGAACUGAUGGAAAGUAACAUAGAUGAAUUAGAAUAUUCAUCUGAAGAAGAAGACACAACAAUUGAGGAUGCAUUGGCUCAGCUACAGAAAAAAGACAAACUUCAGCCUAUUGAUCAUUCCAAAAUUGAGUAUUUCCCCUUUCGCAAAAGUUUUUAUGUAGAAGUUCCAGAACUAGCAAAAAUGUCAAAGGAGGAUGUUAAAGCGUAUAGAGCUAGUUUAGAAAAUAUCCGCGUCCGUGGUAGAGAGUGCCCUAAACCCCUACGCAAUUGGGUCCAAGCAGGCAUUAGCUCUCGCCUUUUGGCUUGCCUAAAAAGGAAUAAUUUCGAUAAACCCACUCCAAUUCAGUGCCAGGCGUUACCCGUUAUAAUGUCUGGUCGCGAUAUGAUUGGUAUUGCCAAAACAGGAAGUGGGAAAACCCUAGCUUUUCUAGUACCGCUUAUGCGUCACCUGGAACAUCAAGCUCCUCUAAACCCUGGAGAUGGCCCAAUCGCCCUUCUACUGGCACCUACUCGGGAACUUGCACUACAAAUAUUUAAAGAAACAAAAAAGCUAUGUCAAGCCGCCGAUGCUCGCGCAGUUUGUGUCUAUGGUGGGACUGGUAUUAGUGAACAAAUUGCUGAACUUAAACGCGGAGCUGAAAUUAUUGUCUGUACACCUGGUCGGAUGAUCGAUAUGCUUGCUGCAAAUGGAGGUAGAGUAACCAAUUUACUUCGAUGCUCUUAUGUGGUUCUUGAUGAAGCAGAUCGUAUGUUCGAUCUAGGAUUUGAGCCUCAAGUUAUGCGAAUCAUCGAGAAUUGUCGUCCUGAUCGCCAAACUUUAAUGUUUUCAGCUACAUUUCCUAGACAAAUGGAAAUCCUUGCCCGUAAAGUGCUAACGCUUCCCAUAGAAAUCCAAAUCGGUGGACGAUCGGUGGUUUGUUCAGACGUGGAGCAGCAUGCGUUCAUCUUGUCAGAAGAAGAGAAAGUUUACAAAGUUCUUGAACUUCUAGGAAUUUACCAAGAAGAGGGUAGUGUCCUUGUAUUCGUAGAAAAACAAGAGAGUGCAGAUGAGUUAAUGCGUGUUCUUUUGAAGUAUGGUUAUCCAUGUCUUUCUCUUCAUGGUGGCAUUGAUCAAUACGAUCGCGAUUCUGUUAUAAUGGAUUUUAAGCGUGGCAAUAUUCGUCUUUUAAUAGCCACAUCAGUCGCUGCUCGUGGUCUUGAUGUCACAGAUUUGCUUUUAGUUAUCAAUUAUGACUGUCCAAAUCACUAUGAGGAUUAUGUUCAUCGUUGUGGGCGUACUGGACGUGCUGGUCGCAAAGGGUUUGCCUAUACUUUUCUCACUCCCGAUCAGGAGCGCAGUGCUGGUGAUGUUGUUCGAGCAUUCAAGCAGAGUGGCCAAAAACCACCAGAGGAACUAAUGAAUAUGUGGAAUGCUUACAAGAUACGAAUGGAACAUGAAGGAAAAAAGGUAUACGGUUCUUCAGGUUUCCGUGGUAAAGGAUUCAUGUUUGAUGAAGUGGAAGCUCAGCUGAAUAGUGAAAAACGGCGCCUGCAGAAAGCUGCUCUUGGUCUACAAGAUUCAGAUGACGAAGAUGGUGAUGGAAAUGUCGAUUGGGACUCGAAGAUUGAAGAUAUGUUGGCCACGAAAACAAAAAUUAAAGAUGUAUCAAAGAGUAAUGCAUCAGAAAGUGUAUCUGAAUCUGUUGAAGUUAGUGCCCAAGCUGGACAAGCAGUUGUGAACGCAGCCUUAGCACUUGCUCGACAGAAGGCUGCACAGUUAGGACUCGUCAAACACUUGACUUCUGGUACUCCGACUGUUCCACAACCAAGCGCUGUUUUGAAUACCACCACAGUCAGCGACCCUAAUGCUACUAUUGCGGCUGCGGUUGCUGCUGUCACGAUACCUGUGCCUCCAGCUCCCACAAGCCGUACGUUGGCUGAACAAGCUGCCGAACGCUUAAAUGCUAAACUUGGUUACACUAAACAAACACCAGGCGCUGGUGAUGAAGAGGGUGCUGGUGCUAACACGAAUUCGGGAAGUGACAUGGUUAGAAGAUACGAAGAAGAACUAGUUAUCAAUGACUUCCCACAAAACGUCAGGUGGCGUAUCACUGGUCGCGAAAUGCUCAAUCACCUUAGUGACUAUUGUGAUGUUGGCGUGUCUGUACGAGGAGUUUAUAUGCCACCUGCCAAAGCUAAGCAACAUAUACCCGAAGGUACAGAUGACAGACCACUGUAUUUGUGUAUUGAGGCUGUCAAUGAAAGACAAGUCGCUUUGGCUAAAAAAGAAAUUAUGCGUAUUAUCAAAGAAGAAUUAGUCAAAUUGCAAUCUGGCAAUUCAAUAAAUCGCGGACGCUACAAGGUUGUUUAAUUUAUCAUUUUAGUAUUUCCAUUUGAAUUGUUGUACAUAUUCUGACAGUAAUGAUAUCUACAUUAGCAAUCGCGAUUUAUUCUUAUAAAUAAAUGCUGUCUUGUCAUAU